AUGUCGUCCUUGUCCUCAACAUCAACUUCUACAAAUAAUUUCGAUGAAUGUUUAUCGACUCGAAAAAAUCGCAUAAUUCUAGGCGAUUCUGAAAGUGAGUUGGGAAUACUGUAGAAUUUUUUGUCACAGAUAUAUAUUUUUUUGCCCCUAUCCCUCCUAUCAUGUUCCAAAACACUUGCUAUGUAAAUAUUUCAUUUUCUGACAAUAACAAAAAUAUUUACACACUUCAAGCUUUUUUGUCCUUUUUUUUUUAUUUUUGUUUCCAUUUCUCAAAAUGUCCAAGGAUUAUAGAGGUGAUUUUUCUCACAUUAUAAGAAUUUCCAAAAAAAAAAAAAGAAUCUGAUGUUUCAGAUUAUCGUGAAAAGAAUUUCUCAUCAAAUCCGGGAAUUAGUGUGAAAGAAAAAGACGAAUGGAAAAUGGAGAAAGGAUAUAAACGAUACAAUUUUGAUAGGUAUAAUUAAUUAUUGUUUAGCUAUCAAAUAUAGAUAAAUCAAACUUCGUUCAAACAACCAUUGAUGCAAAAUUCGUUCUCGCAAUUAUUUAUUGUUUGUAUGUUAUCAACACGUGCGACGAUGUAGAAAAAAAUCGACACCCAAAAAAAGAUCAUAAAAACGAUUUUUAUUAGGUGAUAAGAUCUUUCAUUUUUUCAGUAACCCGUCAAGAAUGAAGUCGUCCUUGCACAAAAACCAGUUCACAAUUUUUGAUUUUUGGAUUUCAAAUUGCGUUUUUGGUGAUCUUUGGGCUAUUCGCUGAAUAUGCACCAUCAGCAUUACCAAAUGGUGCAAAAGCAGCGGAUGAAGAAGCGAGAAUGCCAACUUUAUAUCCAAGUAAGUAAAUUCUGAUUAGAACUUAUUUAUAGCUAAUUUUUCAGUGUUCCAAGACACUCAUGUUAUGAUUUUCAUUGGUUUCGGAUUUUUGAUGACAUUUUUGAAGAGAUAUGGAUUUUCUGCUGUUUCAAUCAACAUGCUUCUUGCGUGUUUUACAAUUGAAUGGGGUUUGAUCGUUAGAGGUUUUGUUGGAUCGUAUACUCAUGGAGGACAUUUGAAAAUUGUUAUCUCUUUGGAACAGUGAGUGAUAGUUUUUUGACAUUUGGAAAUUGCGAGAGAGAAAUGAGGGAAACUUUUUUUUGACAUUGGAAUUUUUUUGGAAAAUUUUGAUUGUGAGAAGGAAAAAUAAAUUUGAAAUCAAGAUCUGAGAAACAAGGGAAAAUUAAACUGCAUAGAAGUUUGAAAAUAAUUUUCACAUAAAUGAAAAAUGUAAACUUUUCAGUACCAGAACAUUUCCAGCAGCAUUUAAGAACUACAGUAGCCUCUAUGGUCUACAGUAACUCCUGUUAUUUAGUGAUUGAGAUCUACAGUAAUCCCUAUAUAAAUUGUGGAGAUCUAUAGUACACCUAUAUGAGAUACAGUAAUCUAGUAAUCUCUAUGAUCUACAGUAAUCAUUAUAUCUCCAGAUCACAGGAACUUUUUAAAAAUUGAUUUUUCCGAACUUUCAUAAUUCCAAAAACCCUGAACUCACAAAAUUUCCAGACUUCUCACUGCUGAUUUUGCCGCAGCCGUUGUUCUCAUUUCAAUGGGUGCAAUGCUCGGAAAACUCUCACCAGUUCAAUAUAUAAUCAUGGCAUUUAUCGAAACUCCAGUCGCUUUAAUCAUCGAACAUAUUUGUGUUCAUAAUUUGAAAAUCAACGAUGUCGGCGGUUCAAUUAUUGUGCACGCAUUUGGCGCAUAUUUCGGUUUGGCGUGUGCAAAAGGUUUCGGUAAGAAACAGCAAAGAGGACAUGAUAAUGAAGGAUCGACGUAUCAUACUGAUAUUUUCGCAAUGGUUGGUGCAGUCUUUUUAUGGAUUUAUUGGCCAUCUUUCAAUGCUGCUGUUGCCGCUACAGCUGAUGCAAGACAAAGAGCUGUUGCCAACACAUUUUUGUCAUUGUGUUCAUCGACUAUGACAACUUUUUUGAUGUCACAAUUAUUAGAUAAACAUGUGAGUUGAUUUUCCGAAUGAGAUCCUCUAGAUAUAAAAAGUAUUUUCAGCGUCGUUUCGAGAUGGUUCACAUUGCCAAUUCCACAUUAGCUGGAGGUGUUGCAAUUGGAACCACUGCAAAUGUUGUCCUCGAACCUUUCCACGCAAUGCUCAUUGGUUCACUCGCUGGAAUUGUUUCAGUUAUUGGAUAUAAAUAUUUGACAGUAAGUUUAAUACAUAUUUUCUAAUAAUCAUCAAAAAAUAUUUCAGCCAUUCCUUUCUAACAAAUUGGGAAUUCAUGAUACUUGCGGAGUUAACAAUCUCCACGGUAUGCCAGGUCUUAUGGCUGGUAUCGCAUCCGCAAUUUUCCUCUUCGUUUAUGAGGAAUCAAGAUACGGUCAAGAGUGAGUUGUUGGAAUUCAAAAAAAUAUAUCGUAUCUCAAAUAAUUUCCAGCUAUUCCACAAUUUAUUCCGGAAUGACACGUGGUGCUGAUGGUUCUCGCGCAUUUGAUGAAAAAACACAAGCAAUAAAUCAACUUCUUGCAAUUGGUCUCGUUCUUCUUUCAUCAAUAAUCACUGGUUAUGUCACUGGUUUCCUUUUGAAAAUCAAGAUCUGGGAUCAAGUUCGUGAUGCUGAAUAUUUCGCCGAUGCUGAUUAUUUCGAAACACCUGGCGAUUACGAUUUCACAUCUCGAAUAAUCACUUCAAUUGAUCGCGUUGAUGUUGCCGAAUAUCAACCAUUAACCCAAAAAGAUGUCUGA